UCAUAGCGCCGCGUGACGUCACUUCAGCACCGUAGAGGAGGAACAGCUCCUUCCGCUCGACUAAUGAACCCCAAAUCCGCGAUCAGCAGCCCAGCCGACGGGAUCCGGUGAAACCGAGCCGAGCCUGGAGAGCAGCAGCGCUCGGUGACCGAGGAGAAGGCGUUUACCGCGGAGCCGCGAGGACAGCAGCGGAUCCACCCGCCUCCUGACACCGCAUCCUCCGGAGAUACGGUGUGUUGACGAGCAGCGCUGCUACAGAGCGAGUGGUGAGGGCCACUUUUCUUAAGGGUGGGUAACGCAGUGGGCCACCCUCGCCCCUUCUGCCCCCAUGGCUUGUGUCCAUGAGCAACAUGCCCCUUCCCCGUCCCUCUCAGGGUUCAGCACCCCACUCUCCGAACCCCCCUUCUGUCGGCCCGAUUCGGAGGUGCCGGCGAGCACGCCAGACACCGAACUCACCCCGACCCAGUGCGUGCUCCGUAACGUGCUCUCCAUCGACCCGGUGGGGGGCGGCAGCGGCACCCACAGCAACAGCCCUACCCUGAGCGACGAGCCCACCAACUUCUCCAACAGCGUGCUCAAGCUGCAGGAGGGCGGGGCCGAGGGCGGAGCCGUGCGCAACCAGUCCGACAGCUUCCGGCUGCAGGCGGGCGGAGGAGGCUUUCUGGAAGGCUUGUUCGGAUGCCUCAAGCCAGUGUGGACGAUGAUCGGGAAAGCCUACUCGACAGAGCACAAGCAGAGCCACGAGGAAUCCUGGGAGGUGCCCUUCGAGGAGAUCUCCGAGCUGCAGUGGGUGGGUAGCGGGGCGCAGGGAGCUGUUUUCCUGGGCAAGUUUCAUGGAGAGGAGGUGGCUGUGAAGAAAGUCCGAGACAUCAAGGAGACUGAGAUCAAACAUCUGCGCAAGCUCAAACACCCCAACAUCAUUACCUUCAAGGGUGUGUGCACGCAGGCUCCGUGUUACUGCAUCAUCAUGGAGUACUGCGCGCAGGGCCAGCUCUACGAGGUGCUGAGGGCCGGCAGGAAGAUCACGCCAUCCCUGCUGGUGGACUGGGCCAUGGGCAUCGCAGGCGGCAUGAACUACCUCCACCUGCACAAGAUCAUCCACAGAGAUCUCAAAUCACCCAAUAUGCUGAUCACACACGACGACCUGGUGAAGAUCUCAGACUUCGGCACGUCUAAGGAGCUCAGAGACAAGAGCACCAAGAUGUCGUUUGCAGGCACUGUGGCCUGGAUGGCACCCGAGGUGAUUCGGAACGAGCCUGUGUCUGAGAAAGUGGACAUCUGGUCGUUCGGUGUGGUGCUGUGGGAGAUGCUGACCGGUGAGAUCCCGUAUAAAGACGUGGACUCGUCCGCUAUCAUAUGGGGCGUGGGAAACAACAGCCUGCAGCUUCCUCUUCCUGAAAGCUGCCCUGAUGGCUUCAAAAUCCUGCUCAGACAGUGCUGGAACUGCAAACCCAGGAACAGGCCGUCGUUCAGGCAAAUUCUGCUGCAUCUGGACAUUGCGUCUGCAGACGUGCUCUCCACUCCGCAGGAGACCUACUUCAAAUCUCAGGCCGAGUGGCGCGAGGAGGUCAAGCAACACUUUGAGAAGAUCAAGUCAGAGGGCACGUGUCUUCACCGUCUGGAUGAAGAGCUGAUCAACCGUCGACGAGAGGAACUCAGGCAUGCUCUUGACAUCAGAGAACACUACGAGAGAAAGCUAGAGAGAGCCAACAAUCUGUACAUGGAGCUCAACGCCGUGAUGCUGCAGCUGGAGCUCAAAGAGAAAGAGCUGCUCAGGAGGGAACAGUGUCUGGAUAAGAAAUAUCCUGGUCUCUUCAAACAUCACCCCUCAACCACAGUGGACAAACUCAUCAAGAAGAGAAGCGUCCCUCAGAAACUGCCUCCUCACGGCAAGAGACCUGACCUCCUGAGAUCAGAGAUCAUUCUCCCCAAGAUGGACGCUGGCGUACUGCAGGUGACCGUCCCACAAUGCUCAAACCGAGGACCUACCUCACCUAGCCGGGCCCGCAGGGUGAAAACUCGUCAUCGGAGGAGCGGCAAGGGAAGCAGCGGGGAUCUGUCAGGGCCUAAACACCCUGCCCCUGCUAGCCGAGAAAGAGAGCCCCCGCUGCCCAACCCAACGACGCCCGCACCACCCCUCACUGAAGCUGCUUCAGGGGUCGCGAUAAGGGAGGGCCAGCUGGAGCCGCCCCCGCUGAAGCUGUCCUCGUCCAGCCCAGAUCUGCUCUGCUCCACCCGCCGCGUUGAAGACGGAGUCAGUGGAGCUGCCACGACCGAAGCCCUGGGCAGAGAGCCCGGCGGUGGAGCUGAAGCGGGGGCCGGUCUGGACGAGACUCCGCCCAGAAGUGACACGGCGAGUGAGGACGCCGCUUCACUGCCGUUCUCCAGCAGCCCGGAUUCACCCUGCUGUGGCCGAAGUGGAGCAGUGGGCAGAACUCAUGUAGGAGAGGAGAGAGAAGAGGGAACCGGGGCGGUGCGAUUGCCCAGAGGAUCCAGCGGCAGUCAUCUGACUCCAUCAGCCAUACUGUAUCGAGCUGCUAUCACACGCAAACAGCGGCGUGGCGUUUCCUCAGAAGAAGAAGAGGGCGAGGUGGACAGUGAGGUGGAGUUACCAAGGAGACGACGGCCGACCAGUAUAACCAAGUGCCAAUCAGUAUCCACUUUCAGCUCAGAGAACCUGUCCGUUUCCGAGGGAGAGGAGGGCCACACCACUGACCACUCCCACAGCGGCACGCCGGACGUGGUCAGCACCAACACCGACGAGCGAUUGGACGAUCGCAGCGAUGACCUCAUCUCCCAGGGGUCUGAGAUCCCUGUUGAUAUUACAGACCCUACUCUGUCCGAAAGAGAGGCCGCUGCCCUCGAACAGGAGAGGGCCAACUUUGACCUGGAACAAAAUAUCCUGGAGACUCGCGCAUUGUGUGAGGACUCAGACUGUGACAGUGCUGAACUCGACCAAUCAGGGAGCGGAGAGCCGAGUCGUCCCCCGAGCGCCGGAGGCUGGGGCCAGGGUCCUCAAAACUGAAACGCAUGCACACACACACACACACACACCAGCACACACUUUCACUUUUAGUUGCACCAAAGCGAUACCAACACAGAUUUUCGUGAAACACGUGUGUGCACACAUCCUCUGAGAAACGCAACGGUACACUACACAAAACGACUAGCCACCUUAAGAACAAAUACGCCGAUACUGGUCAUAACAACUUUGGGAUCGUAAACUGCCUCGUGACCAGGACGUAGCCACGGAAAAUAUAGCAAGACAAGUUUAGCGGCAAGCUGCUGCUAGAGAUGAGGAAUACAGGAAAUACGCGAACAGAUCAAUGCAAUUAAAAACUUCAGGGCAUUCCCAAUAAGCAGCAAUGAUGUUAUCGAUAGGUUUGUGCUGUUGUAGUGCAGGCAGACUUCCUGGUGGGCCAGAAUCGUGUCCGUUCAUGUGUCCAAGGCUUGUGGUUAGCGGUCGAUGUGAAGUCAAAGAGUCUAGAUCAAAUCUGUAGUGCUGGAUAAAACUCCUGAUCACAGGAAUCUCCGUUCUCCAGCCUGGAUAAUGUAGUUUUGCCAAAACUGCGCCCCAGUAAUCUGUUCAGACGUGAUGUAAAUGAAGUGUGUUGCUCUCAGUUUGGGACUGACUUCACUACUGUGUACAGAUGCUUCCUUUCCAAAGCAUUUACAAGGUGCAUAUACAAAUGUGAUUCUAUUAUGACUAUAAUGCCCUGAAUUUCUGUAAAUAUAUAUAUUUAGUAAGCUAAAUCUAAGAAAACAAAAAAAGAAAACUAUUUGUUAACAUAACGAAAACACAAUAAAAACGGUCCAGUUUCUACUAUUCUCCUGUGCUUGUGCCACCCUACCAUGGCAGCUCAGAUCGGUUUGGAGAUCAGCAGGUGUGUAAAUGUACAGUUAUAUAUAUAUAUAUCUAUAUAUAUAUAUAUAUAUAUAUAUAUAUAUAUAUAUAUAUAUAUAUAUAUAUAUAUAUAUAUAUAGUCAGGUUGGCUUUGCUAGUGCAGGACUGUAAAACCCUUGGAUGCAAGUAUACACAACACACAGACUCAACGGCACAUAUAAAUGUACAGUACGUGGUUUAUGAUACGGAGAUACUUGUUCCAACUGUCUGCUCUCCUCUUACCUCUCAGAUUAUCUUUCAGUACUUUUUCUUUCAUAGGGACAUGCAAUAUGUACAUUUCAACCUAAUCUGAAGAGAGCACUUUUAUUUUCUGCACUGUAAAAAUAAAGUAAAACGAAUAAAUGACAAUAAUUUAAUGUAUAUGAAUUUUAGCUUGCCAGAUGUAGGUCUGAGAAGGGUAAAGUCCCGAAGAACAAAUGCAUGAUAUACAUUUUUAUGUAUUUUAAUUUUUAAAUCAAUUGUUUUUAUACAUCUAAAGAAAUGUUUGCACCUUUUUUACCUUGAAUGUGUAAUAAUGUUGUGUUGCUUGUAGGCACUUUACAGUAGGAUGUUUAUAUACAUGGACAUGAUCACUUUCUCAUGUUGCACUGAAAAUGUAUUUAUGAUAAUGAUGAUGGUUCAAUAGAUGCAAAUCUCCAGUUUCAAGAGUAUGUAUGUUAAGACAACCAUUUAAAACCAUUUUGAAGAUGAUAACUUGAACCACAUUUUUUUUUUCUUUUCUGAUGAUGAUGUUAAAAGUCUCCUGGGCAGCGUUUCCCAAAAGCAUCGUAAUCUUAAGUAGGUCAUAGAACCAUUGCCACGCCACCAAUGAUCUCUAUGAUGAACGUAGCUUACGAUGCUUUUGGGAAACGCAGCCCUGGACCGCGCAAGUCAUGUUUUUCUUGGACAACUGAACAUGGUCAAAAUGCAGAAAUAUUGGCAGCUCUAUUCUGACAAAAACAAAAUCGAAGGUCCUAAAAUUGGUUACAUUUACAUAGACAGCAAUAAUCUGACUAUGAAUUAGAAAUUGACAUUUGGAAAAACAGGCAUGAAGUAAUUGAGAUGUAUUUUAGUCACGUUAUUAAGUCAUGUAAACACCGUAAUCCAUCAUCCUACAGAAUACUAUUUGACGACACAUUCUAUGUUUGUGAACUUGUACAAAUAAAAAUAAAUAUAAUUAUUAAAUAACAGCUAAACUAUAAAAAUAGAUGUGAAUAUAUUGCUUUUCAAUAUUAUGUGGAAUUUAGUACUAAUCUGGUUCUAUGAACAAGAAUAUGAAUCAAACAGUUUUAUAAACAUCUUAACUGUAAUAUUAUCUUGUGGGGGGAGAAAAAAGAAAACAGUGAGAAACAGACUGUUGCCCUCCAUAUAAAUGUAGGUAAUGCCAGACGUGAAGCCCCCGUAUAAAGAACGACAAGAGUUGCUUUAACACAGAAAUGCACAUUUCAACUCUGAAUGCCUUUAACGACAAACGUCUUCUCAGAUCAGUAGCUAUUGUUCGAUUUUGCAAUAUGACUUUUAUAAGUCAGCUUAGUAUGUAGAACCUGCCAUUCAUGACUAGUAGAAUAAAUAAAGCUCCUACCUUCACCAGUUUGGAAAAUAAUUUUCAGUUUGCAUUUGAAGGACACACUAGCUACUGCCUCAGACAUCUGCCAGUCAUUUUUCUCCCUAGCUACUGGAUUAAUUUGACCUUGCUUGAAUAAUGUGUGUGGAAGACAGAAGACAAAAUACUGCACUGUAGUCAGGGGUGUAGAAAGGGGGUAUGCAACACAAAAAUCACUUUUAAAUAUGCAUAAAAAAAAACAUUGUUUAUUCUUCUAAAAUUGCUUCUAAAUGGUUUCAAGCGUGCAUAUUUUUAAAUUUUAUUUGAUAAUGCCAUCAAAACCAAGGGGUGUAUUACAU